AUGGGGAACCAGGAUGGGAAGCUGAAGAGGAGCGCAGGUGAUGCGGCGCACGAAGGCGGCGGCGCCGAGGAUGCUGUGGGGCCCAGGGAUGUGGAGGCCACAAAGAAGGGGAGUGGGGGCAAGAAGGCGCUGGGCAAGCACGGCAAGGGGGGAGGGGGCGGCGGCGGGGAGCCGGGCAGGAAGAAGAGCAAGUCCGACUCCAGAGCCUCGGUAUUCUCCAACCUGCGGAUCAGAAAGAACCUGUCCAAAGGAAAGGGCGCCGGCGGAUCCCGAGAGGAUGUGCUGGACUCGCAGGCCCUGCAAACCGGGGAGCUGGACAGCGCUCACUCGCUGGUCCCCAAGACUCCUGACCUCAGCCUCUCGGCGGACGAGACUGGCCUAUCGGAUACGGAAUGUGCGGACCCUUUUGAGGCACCUCGACCAGGGGGGCCCGGGCCUGCUGCCCAGGCUGCUGCUGCUGCUACGGCGGCGGCGGUUGGGGCGGUCGCUGAAGAUUUGGAACCCGCGGCGGGGGCGCAGGAUGGACAAAGGACCAGUUCGGGCUCGGACACGGACAUCUACAGCUUUCACUCGGCCACGGAGCAAGAGGAUUUGCUCUCGGACAUUCAGCAGGCGAUCCGUCUGCAGCAACAGCAGCAGCUCCAGCAGCUGCUCCAGGGUUCCGAGGAGGCGUCUGCAGCGCCCCCCACUGAAACGCGCCCUCAGCCAGGGGCCUUCCUGGGCCUGGAGCAGUUCCUGCUGGGGCCGAGCAGUGGACCGGGAGAGGUUCCUGCUAGUCCGGACACGGAGCAGGCGCUGUCCGCACUCUCGGAUCUGCCCGAGAGCCUGACUGUCCAGCGCGCAGUGCCGGAGCAGGCGCCGUCUCCAGGCGCCCCCGUGGCCUCGGAGGCGCCCAGCCUCCCCUUGGUUCAACCUGAGGCCGCGGUCUCAGCCUCCUCCGCUGCCUUUUCGUUUCCAGAGACCAGGCCUGGGGAGGGCACAACAGAAACCCUGGUGCGAGGGACUGGGGACACGGAUGAGGAAGCCGAGGAGGAGGCUUUUGAGGAUGCUCCCAGAGGCUCUCCAGGGGAGGAGUGGGCCCCAGAGAGGGAAGAGGCCCGGGAGAAGUCGGUGGUUGAGCCCGACAUGCCGGCAGGAGAGCCCGAAGUCCCCGCAGCCGCCUCCCUGCCCAGCAGCCCCGCUCCCAGCCCGCGCUGCUUCAAGCCCUAUCCGCUCAUCAACCCCUGCUACAUCAAGACCACCACCCGGCAACUCAGCUCGCCCAAUCACUCCCCGUCUCAUUCUCCCGACCAGAGCCCCAGGAUCAAGAGGCGGUUGGAAUCCUCCCUGAGCCGGGGACCCAGAACUGCCUUGGCCUCGGCAGCCGCUCCUGCCAAGAAACACCGGGCAGACAGCGGCCUCGUGGGUGGCCUCAGCCGCUCUGCUGACUGGACAGAAGAAGUGGGCACCCGCCCGCCCCGGGCAGGGGGCUCUGCACACCUGCUGGAGCGCAAGGUAGCCCCUGAAGGCGGGGAUAGAGUGGCACCAGUGCUGGCCGCCAAGGCACCUGGGUCAACCACAGCUGCUGAUGGCUUCCAGAACGUGUUCACAGGGAGGACUCUAUUGGAGAAACUAUUCAGCCAGCAGGAGAACGGGCCUCCAGAAGAAGCAGAGAAGUUUUGUUCACGGAUCAUUGCCAUGGGUCUGCUACUUCCUUUUAGUGACUGCUUCAGGGAACCAUGUAAUCAGAAUGCCCAAUCGAGUUCAGCUCCGUUUGAUCAAGAUCAACUUUACACCUGGGCUGCAGUUAGUCAACCCACACACUCGCUGGAUUACUCAGAAGGGCAGUUUCCCAGGCGAGUCCCGUCAGCAUGGCUACCAUCCAAACCUCCUGAUGAAGAGCACAGGCCCAAGGAGUCUGAACCAGAAUUUCAGUCUGCUGUUCUGGAAACUCCGAACAAGUGUCCAGAUGCUGUCCAGCAGGAGGUCCUUGACACGAGGUUUGAGGGACAGGCCAAUGUCAUUCAGCAACUGGAACAGACCAUUGAAGACCUAAGGACCAAAAUAGCUGAGCUGGAGAAGCAAUACACCACUGUGGACGUGGAACUGACCAGAGGCCAUCGAGGGGUCGAGAAUGGAGUGGCACCCUCAGAAGAUGUCUGUCUUGAAGCACUCAGGUUAGGAGAAGAGGAUAUUCAGCCUCAAAGGAUUUUACAAGCAAAAUCAAUACAGACGUCCCCUACAGAAGAGGGUGGGAUUCUCACACUAGCUUCUGGGAAUGCAUUGCCUGAAGGGCCUCCAGGCCCAGCUGGGGCUGAGAGCGGGGCAUCAGCUCUCUCAUCUUCACCUCCUGGAUUACAGACCAAGUUUUGUUCAGAGAUUUCUUUGAUUGUGUCUCCAAGGAGAAUAUCAGUACAACUUGAUGCCCAUCAACCCACACAAAGUGUGUCACAGACUCUGCCCCCUUCAUCCCUUCUGCCAUCCAAUGGUCAUGGACAGCCUGCAUCUCCGCUGCCACAUGCUUCUCUUCAUAUUGACUUGGAAGACAGUCAUGAACACUCUGUUUUUGUAAACAGCUGUACCAUCCCACACUCACCACUUUUGCCUUGCACAGAGUCGCCCAGCUCCAUGCCUGGCCUGGGCAUGGCCAUGUCUCCACACCCGCCUUCCCUUGGCAUGACAGUGCCUGCUCUGCCCAGUACAGCCAUCCCCCCACCUCCUCCUCUGCCAGAUACAGAAAUGCAACUACACCCUCCCCCUCCUGUAUCUGAUAAGGGAGUAUCCCUUCCUCCCCCUCUACCAGGUGUGGGGAUACCCCCUCCCACCCCUCUACCAGGUGUGGUAAUUCCUCCCGCCCCCCCUCUACCUGGUGUGGGAAUUCCCCCGGCUCCCCCUUUACCUGGUAUGGGAAUACCUCCUCCCCCUCCUCUACCAGGUGUGGGGAUACCCCCUGCACCCCCUCUACCAGGUGUGGGGAUACCCCCUGCCCCCCCUCUACCAGGUGUGGGGAUACCCCCUGCCCCCCCUCUACCAGGUGUGGGGAUACCCCCUGCCCCUCCUCUGCCUGGUGUGGGGAUACCCCCUGCCCCCCCUCUACCUGGUGUGGGAAUUCCCCCGGCUCCCGCUUUACCUGGUAUGGGAAUACCUCCUCCCCCUCCUCUACCAGGUGUGGGGAUACCCCCUGCACCCCCUCUACCAGGUGUGGGGAUACCCCCUGCCCCCCCUCUACCAGGUGUGGGGAUACCCCCUGCCCCUCCUCUACCAGGUGUGGGGAUACCCCCUGCCCCUCCUCUACCAGGUGUGGGGAUACCCCCUGCCCCCCCUCUACCAGGUGUAGGGAUACCCCCUGCCCCCCCUCUACCUGGUGUGGGAAUUCCCCCUGCUCCCCCUUUACCUGGUAUGGGAAUACCUCCUCCCCCUCCCCCUCCUCCUCUUUCAGGAGCUGGGCUUCCUCCCCCUCCUCCCCAUCCUGUACCUGGUGCUGGCAUUCCUCCUCCUCCUCCUUUACCAGGUACCGGGAUUCCUCCUGCUCCAGCUCCUCCGCCUCCUGGGACAGGAAUCCCUCCACCUCCUCCACCCCCUCUUCUUCCUGGUUCAGGCCCUUCACUCACCCCACAAGUUGGGAGUAGCACUUUACCAACACCGCAAGUGUGUGGAUUUCUUCCUCCUCCAUUGCCCACUGGCCUGUUUGGAUUAGGGAUGAAUCAAGACAAAGGGAGUAGGAAGCAGCCAAUAGAACCUUGUCGGCCCAUGAAGCCUCUUUAUUGGACGAGAAUUCAACUGCAUAGUAAAAGAGAUUCCAGUCCUUCACUUAUUUGGGAAAAAAUUGAAGAGCCAUCCAUAGAUUGUCAUGAAUUUGAGGAGUUAUUUUCUAAAACUGCUGUAAAGGAGAGAAAGAAGCCAAUUUCUGACACCAUCUCAAAGACAAAGGCUAAACAAGUCGUCAAGUUAUUAAGCAACAAACGAUCACAAGCAGUUGGAAUAUUGAUGUCUAGCCUUCAUUUAGACAUGAAAGACAUACAACAUGCUGUUGUUAACUUGGACAACUCUGUGGUUGACCUGGAGACCCUUCAAGCUCUCUAUGAGAAUAGAGCUCAAUCAGAUGAACUGGAAAAAAUUGAGAAGCAUGGCCGAUCUUCCAAAGACAAGGAAAAUGCCAAAUCCCUGGACAAACCGGAACAGUUCCUUUAUGAACUGUCACUAAUCCCCAACUUUUCAGAGCGAGUAUUUUGCAUCCUGUUCCAGUCUACGUUUUCAGAAAGCAUUUGCACAAUUCGUCGCAAACUGGAAUUACUACAGAAAUUGUGUGAGACAUUAAAAAACGGCCCCGGGGUUAUGCAGGUUCUGGGUUUGGUUCUUGCCUUUGGCAACUACAUGAAUGGUGGAAAUAAGACUCGGGGUCAGGCAGAUGGUUUUGGAUUAGACAUUCUUCCGAAGCUGAAAGACGUCAAGAGCAGUGACAACAGCAGAAGUCUUUUAUCAUACAUUGUUUCAUUUUAUCUUCGAAAUUUUGAUGAGGAUGCUGGAAAGGAACAGUGUGUCUUCCCAUUGCCAGAACCCCAGGAUCUUUUUCAAGCCUCACAAAUGAAGUUUGAAGAUUUUCAGAAAGAUCUCCGGAAACUGAAGAAAGACUUAAAAGCGUGUGAGGUGGAAGCGGGCAAGGUGUACCAGGUCUCUUCAGCAGAGCACAUGCAGCCGUUCAAAGAAAACAUGGAGCAGUUUAUCAUUCAAGCUAAAAUUGACCAAGAGACAGAGGAGAAUUCACUGACAACGACGCAUAAAUGUUUCUUGGAGACCACAGCCUAUUUCUUCAUGAAACCAAAACUUGGAGAGAAGGAGGUGUCCCCAAAUGUUUUCUUCAGUAUCUGGCAUGAAUUCAGUUCUGACUUUAAAGACUUUUGGAAGAAAGAGAACAAACUUAUUCUACAAGAAAGAGUAAAAGAAGCUGAAGAGGUGUGUAGGCAGAAGAAAGGAAAAUCUCUUUAUAAAAUAAAACCAAGACAUGACUCUGGAAUUAAAGCAAAGAUAAGCAUGAAAACCUAAACAGUGAAAAGCAGAAUAAGUCAUUGCCACAAUUUUCGCAAAACCCAACUGACCUGAGGGUGGAAAGGAAACUACAUCCAUGCAAAUCAUUUUCUUCUUGAGCUCUUGUAUAAUCUUUGUGUUUUCUAGACUGUUUACUGAUUAUUGAAUUUUACUGUAUAUUCACAUAAAAAUGCAAAAGUGGUAGACCAGUGGAGAACUUGACUGACAUCUUUCUUUUUUUAAAAGUUUAUAGUGUUAUACUAGUAGACCAAAAGAGCAUGUAAUAAGAGGCAGUAUCUGCGUCAGGUCUGAACAUGCAAAACAUUAGUCUAAAAUUUACUUUUGUGAGACUAUUCCUUGUCAUAGGAAAAAAAAAAAAAAACCUUUCCUGUUCUACUGACAACCAAUGCUCCUACUUCAUUGUAUUUAGAUUUCUGGGU